AUGCGCUGAUGUUUUCAUGUAGGGGUCUUUUAAACGAAAAAGUAAAAAAAAACCUAUCUAUAUGUAUUACUUAUAUUGUACUUGGAGUUUCAUUCAACUUACGCUGAAGAAGGAGGUCAGUCCAAAUUAGGGUCAACUUUCACUGGACACACUUGAAGAAGAAUUCAUAAGAAAGUGGUAGUUGAGUGCAGCUUUGUGAUAGUUAGGUACUUUAUUCCAGCACAAGCUGAAUUCUUUAAAAAACAAAAAAAAUGUCUUUUUCAAAAUUGAGUUCAGUUAUAGUGCGGCGAAAGUGUCUUCCUGCCAUUACAGUUGCAGGGGUGAAUUUUGGAAACAGAAAAACAUUUGGAACAAGUAAUACACUAUGUACAAAAUUGGCCCAAGAGAAAAAACCAGACUGGAAUAGAGCUGUCAGUGAAGCAGAAAAAAUUGUUGGAUAUCCAACUUCAUUUUUGAGUUUGAGGUGGUUGUUGAGUGAUGAAAUUGCAAAUGUGGCACUACAUUUGAGAAAAUUAGUGGGAUCGAAUCAUCCUCUGCUUAAAACGGCAAAGAGUUUGUUGUACAAUGGAAAAAACAACAUGCAAGCUUGGGGCCUCAUUGUGUUACUUAUUUCAAAAGCGGCAGGACAUUCUGCGGACAUACCUGAGCUUGAGCAGGACAAAGCUGCAGGAGUUUUACACAGCCAAAGAGCCUUAGCUGAAGUAACGGAAAUGAUUCGAACUAGUCAUUUGGUCCAUAAAGGUCUUGUUAAUCUCCAAGCCCCCCUAGCAGAUGCCUCUGGAGAUAUGAUGUUCGGAAACAAAAUAGCUUUACUAAGUGGCGACUACUUACUAAGCAACAGUUGCGCGGAACUGGCUAACUUAAGAAAUCAAGAACUGGUAGAAUUGAUGAGUUCGGCUGUACGAGAUUUAGCAGAAGCGGAGUUUGUUGGUCCUAGAGACAAACAAAAUAAUCCACUUCCAGCAAGACCACGAUCUGAUAUAGUUGAGUAUAAGCAGUUUACUGAUAAAACUCUCGAGCCUUUGGUCGUUAGUGAAGCUUUAGGGAAUGCGAGGGCGGAGUGGACUUUGAGACAUGUUUUGAAUGCAGGGAGUUUACUUGGUAAAUCCUGCCAAGGCACUUUAAAACUAGCCGGACAUCCACUGGAGUUACAAGAACAGGGCUACUUAUUUGGAAAGCAUUUAGCCCUUGCGUGGCAAGCCUGCUUAGAUCGUGAACCAUUUCUUCCCAAUGUCUCGGGAUCAUUUAGUUUAGUAAGUGCUCCUGUAAUGUUUACCUUACAGCAUGAUCCUACGUUAUAUGAAGAAAUUGAAAAGGGUCAAGAAAGUGUAGAUGAUGUGGAUUAUGAAGUUGUUAGAAAAGCAGUUUUAACUGGACCUGGGUUAGAAUUUACUAAAAAAUUGCAAAAGGAGCACUCUACUGCUGCUCUGGAGGUUCUGAAUCAGUUGCCUGCUUCAGAUGCUCGUACAGCGUUAGCUAAUAUUAUUGCUGCUAUGCAAGAUUUGUAGAACUCAAAGUUUUUAUUAAAUUUUACAGAAUUUUUUUUUUUAUAUUAGUAGGUUAAGCAUUAAUUUGUUGUUAAAGUUAAUAGUGGAGUAGUUGUAAACUUGUAAUACCUAUGUUUGUAAAAAGUAAAUAAUUUAGGGCAACAUUUCUUGCAUUUGAACAAGUAGAUUUUGCUUUAAAACCUUCUUGUAAUUUUAACUUCAAUAAUAAUCAGUCUGUGAUACCAACUGUAAGGUACGUUAGGUAUAAGAUUUUAUUCAGAUUUGAA